CAUGUAUAUCACAAGUAUUUCUUAUUUUUUUAUAAACAAUUUCAUGUAAAAAAAUAUUAUGUAAUCCUGGUAAACAAUUCUGCAAAUAAGCGGUAAAACAAUUCAGUAUAUAAAAAGAUUUUAAAAGUUUAGCUAAUUAAACUGUAACGUAAAAGGAAAAAAAUAUGUCACCUAAAUCAGGAAUUUUAACUCAUGAAGAAAAAGAAGCUUAUGAGCGGAUUAAUAAAUCCCUUGCAAUCCAAAAAAAAUCCUUUGAAGACUAUGUUUCUAAACUUUCUUUACAAAAUCUUCAAUGUAUACAAGAAACCUGUGACGCUUUACAGCUUAGCAUUGAUAUCAAAACUGGAAAUAUUUCUUACAAACCUUCUUUUCAACCGCUUAACUUGACCUAUGAUAUAUGUUAUGUUCGCCAUGGUAAAACUGAGGGAAAUACGGAACCGCGAGUUUUUCAAGGUCAAGUAGACUAUCCUGAAAAUCAAUUAAAUCAUGUUGGAGUUCAACAAGCUGAAGAAGCUGCUGUUUUAAUGGAAACACUUAUUAAAGAACAAAACUGGUUACCAGAUGUCAUUAUUCUGAGCCCACUAAACCGUGCUAUAGAGACAGGCUCUCAUUUCUAUAACAAUCAUAAAGAAAUACCCACGGUUAUUGUACCCGAAGCAGCGGAAAUAUGUUUCGGAUGUUGGGACAAUAUGCGGGUCAUUGAUAUACCUCCAAACUCGCUAUGUCAUCUAUUUUAUCUUGACCAAAAUGCGCUUGUUCGUUCACCGCAAGCCUCGACCAUUAACGAAAAAACACGUCCAGACGGGUAUUAUAAAACAGGAAAUCAAAUACCAGCUGAAAGUUUUCUCGACGUCCUUGUACGAAUGAGAAAAGUUUUGAUCUCUCUGGAAAAUAACAAAAAUAUAAAAAACAAAUCCAAUCAAGGGCUUCGACCUAAGGUUCUCAUGUACGGGCAUAGUAUGGCAGGUGCUGCUGUGUCUAUUUUGAUGGGUCAUGGUCAAUAUAUUCAGCAGUCAGCAAACUCUUCGAAGCAUCUAGGCUUUGACGGGCAAUGCAUCAUGAAACAUGCAACACCAACGUUGCUUCUUCCUAAAAAACCAUAAGAA